CCUCAGCCUCACUUUCGUAGUUUCAUCUCGAGCAAAGCAGAACUAGAAGCUAGCCAGGCAGGCACUCGUGUAGACCCCGUCGCAAUAUAUCGAGUUCAAUCGACAUGGCUCGUGGGAACCAGCGUGAUAAGGCCCGUGAGGCUAACCAGAAGAAGUUGGCUGGCCAGAAAUCCGAGAACAAGAUGUCCGGCUCUGAAAUGGCUCGCACCAAGGAGGCUGUCGCUGCCAAGAUGAGAGAGAAGCAGGCCGCAGCCGAUGCCAAGAAAGCUGCCGAUGGUGCCGCAAAGAAGUAAAACUACCAAGACGGUAUUCAUAUAGAGGUGAUGGGGGUGGCGACAAGGUUCAAAAACAACCUCGGAAUUCAGAUGAGAGUGCGGAGAAAGGCAUGGUUGCCGGCGUAGAGCCGGUUUUUGUUUUUAGAUCGUGUUUCCUGGAAUUGCUUAUUACUCUUCAGCGAUGUUUUUAACGGAAAGCGAAUAUUUUCAAAGCAUUCUCAUAUCGUCCCAAGAUAUUACCGUACUGCUGCGUCGUACGAGACCUUUAUUAUUAGUAUUAUUACAUUGGUGGAAGGAUAUGCAGAGAUGGACAGUGUAAUCAAGGCAAAAAUCAGGUAUUGAAAUGAUAGCCGCUACGUUUAACGCCAACAUGA